GAUGUCCGGCCCGAACGAGGAUUUUCACGAAAACAUCAACCGCAGACUGCGUACCGGAGCCAACCGGGGAGGGGGGACGGAGCCACGACGGACGGAACCGAUGGAUCCAGCGGCGUGACAGCCUCGUCGAUGGCUGCUCGUAAAGUUGGAUAACGGUGCUCGGCCUUAAACGGAGACAGAUUUAACGGCGAUGACUGCGGUGUCACUUGUUAGAUAGAUAGACACACAGAGAGAGGGGCCAAAGUGGACUCCCUCCCCUCGGUAGAGCCGAUCCGCCCGAUGGAGGCUGACGGGACCUUUGCAGAGAGCUCCAGGCCCGGAAUGUCACCUGUGAAAGUCCACGCAGGAGGACGAGAUUAAGAGGAAACGCACAUCUGUCCGCGCUGUCGACGACUACUUCAUCGGACAACUUCUUCUGGUGGAAAGCCCGCAAACAGAAAGUUAGCAGGUCGACGUUUAGCUGCUGCAGGAGGCGAGAUGACCAUCAUAGAUAUCACCUAAGCAGAGGGUCGCCCUCCGCCGCAGGUAACUCCGGACAGGUGCGCUGCCUCACGGACUUUUACGCAUCUGGUUCGAUCCAGAAAACACACAUCAGCGAGUUAAGCGGCUGAUCUUUGGACUUUUUUUUCUUCUCCUGUCAUCAAGUGUCGCCUUUCCUCUCAACAACCAUGUCAUUCAAAGACAAUGCCUGUCGGAAAUUUCAAGCCAACAUUUUCAACAAAAGUAAAUGUCAGAACUGCUUUAAGCCUCGAGAGUCACAUCUGCUGAACGACGAGGACUUAAAUCAGGCGAAGCCUAUAUACGGAGGAUGGCUGUUACUGGCACCCGAGGGAACAAAUUUUGACAAUCCCUUACACAGAACUCGGAAAUGGCAGAGACGGUUCUUCAUCCUCUACGAGCACGGCUUACUGCGUUAUGCUCUGGACGAAAUGCCCAGCACUCUACCCCAGGGUACGAUCAAUAUGAACCAGUGCUCCGACGUCAUUGACGGCGAGUCCAGGACGGGCCAGAAGAACUCGCUGUGCAUCCUGACCCCUGAGAAAGAGCAUUUCAUACGGGCUGAGUGCAAAGAAAUCAUCAAUGGGUGGCAGGAGGCUCUGACUGUGUACCCCAGGACCAACAAGCAGAACCAGAAGAAAAAACGCAAGGUUGAUCCACCCACUCAGCAGGAGCCUGGCCCCGCUAAGGUGACGGUGACCAGCAGCAGCACUGGAGGCAGCAUCCCCUGCCUGCCCAGCAGCAUCGCCAGUGCCGAGCGAGUCCCGAUGAGCCGCUCCACUCUGUGGCAGGAGGAGAACCGCUGGAGCAGGGCCACCAUCCCCUGCAGCCGCAGUGCCUCCUGCAUCAGCCAGCUGAGCCAGAGCCAGCCAGACUCCAGUAACACUACACAGGAUGAUGCCAGCACGAUGAGCACUGGACGAAAGGUACGAGUGGAGAGUGGCUACUUUUCCCUGGAGAAGACCAAGUCGGAGCCUUCUCCACAGUCUGCACACCACCCUCAGCCACCCCAGCACCUUCCCCUGUCCUCUUCAACAUCAUCCUCCUCUUUCGGAGCUCCCAGUUCCAGGUACAACUCUGAAUCUGAACCCCAAACUUCCCCUCACCAACCCUCGCAGGACCCUCUCCCCUCUCCAGGUGCGCUUGUUUCCCCGAGCUACUCCACCAUCAGCUCCUCCCAGAGCUCGCUGGACUCUGAUCCCAGCGGAGCUACGCCCACCUGGGAGGGACACGGAGGCGGUGGUGGAGGGAGCUCCGGUAGCAUCAGCGGCGGAGGAGGAGGCAGGGUUGGCCGGUCUGGCAGGGAGUACGCGGCGCUGUCUGACGUGCCACGAGCUCGCAGGCUGACCUACAGAGAAGCCUUCCGCUCAGAGAAAAAGCGCCAGGAGCUGAGGGCCAGAACACGGAGUCCUGGGAGGGAGGAGGUGGCUCGGCUGUUUGGGGAGGAGCGCAGGCGAACUCAAAUCAUCGGCCGGUUCGAGGACGGUCAACAUGUUGAGCGUAUGGACACGAGCAACUCCAAUGAGCCCUCAGUGAACACAGUGUUAACCCAGAGACAAGGCCGCAGCGAGAGGCGCUUUCUGACAAGCAAACAUGAGAUGUCUCUUGAUUCAGCAAAGGACCGUUCAGCCCCUGAUGUGUCCAGUUCCAGUUUUGCCAACUUAAGAAGAGCCAAGUCAUUGGACCGCAGAGUCACCGAGUCCUCAAUGACUCCGGAUCUGCUGAACUUCAAGAAAGGAUGGAUGACGAAGCUGUAUGAAGAUGGAACGUGGAAGAAACACUGGUUCGUCCUGACAGACCAGAGUUUGAGGUACUAUAAGGACUCCAUAGCUGAGGAGGCUUCAGAAUUGGAUGGCGAGAUCGACCUUUCCACGUGCUACGACGUCAAAGAGUUCCCCGUCCAGAGGAAUUACGGCUUCCAAAUCCUGUGUAAGGAGGGAGUGUGCACCCUGUCAGCCAUGACCUCUGGGAUCCGUCGCAACUGGAUUCAGGCCAUUAUGAAGAAUGUGCGACCCACUAUUGCCCCCGAUGUCACCCGGAAAAACAUCUCUCUGAAACUAUCCGUUCUGAAGCCCAGAUCCAUCCCUGAUGAGAAGAUCAAGUCCCACGUGAUGCUGGAGCCGUGUCUACAGGCCGCCCCCGAGCCAAACCCCAGUCCUGACGUCCCCAAGUCCGACGCCCACAGACAGCCGGGCUCUGCUGCUCCCUCCGAGCCGCGGAAAAGCCGAGUCCGUGAGCGCAGACGAGAGGGCCGCUCAAAGACUUACGACUGGUCUGAGUUCAAAAUGGAACAGACGGAAAAGCCUGUGAAAGAGCGAGCGGGCACGAUUGACCUGAGCUCGUCCUUCUCCACAACCUCCUCCUACUGCUCUCCUUCCUCUUCGCCCUCCUCCUUGGCGUCCUCUCCUGUCUCUACCUCCUCCCUCCAAACCUCCUCUGUGUCAGGUGCUCAUCCACCGUCCACGACAGAAGAGGCAGAAAAGGAGAACGUCAGGAGGGGCGCCCCUCCUCACAGCACAACCAGUGCGACUCACAUACCAAAUACUGUUACUGUUACUAUUAUUUCCACGCUAAACGCUACGCCGUCGGUACAGCCGUCGACGCCCGAAAGCCCGGAGCAAGGAAGGAUGGAGGUAGACCAUCCUGCUGCCGUGUCUCCUGGGAGUGAAGAUAAGAAGGGCAAUAGAUCCCCGGAUGUCCAAGAAGAGAUUGAACAGCGAUGGCAUCAGGUGGAGACGACGCCACUGAGAGAAGAGAAGCAAGUGCCCAUCUCCACAGCUUUAGAAAACUCCACCAACUCGGACAGGCUGCCUGCACAUGAGCUUGCUGCGCUGCUAGACAAAGAGCUGGGACAGAAGCAGAAGGAGCUGGACCGACUACAGAAGCAGAACAGCCUUUUAAAGGAGCAACUGGAAGACGCGCUUGGGAGAGAACACAGUGCCAGAGAGGGCUAUGUACUGCAGAGUGCAACACCCCCUUCCUCCUCACCACGCAAAGUGCCAUGGCAACACUUGCACAGGCUUAAUCAAGACUUACAGGGCGAACUGGAGUCCCAAAAACGGAAGCAGGACCUUGCUCAGCAGCAGAUCCGGACAUUAAAGAGAAGCUACACCGAAGCCCAGGACGCUGUAGACCGACAUGAGACUGACAUUCAGGCUCUGCAGACUAAACUUGCGUCUGCAAUGCAUGAAAUCUUAGCCAGUGAACAGGCUGUGGCACGAAUGCGGAACGAGCUCAAGCUAGAGCAGGAGCGCUCAAAAGAACAAGAGGAGGAAUAUGGCCGUGGUGAGGCCACCUUGCGAACCCAGCUGAAGGACAGUGAAGAUAGACUCCGUGAAGUAGAGGCCAGUCUCCUAGAGAGAAACCAGGCCCUCCGGCACCUCGAGCACCAGCAGGCCUUGCAGCGAGACCACACAAGGGAGGUACUGAGGUUGCAGGAGAGGCUGCAAGAGGUGACUGCUCGACUAAAUGCUACAGAGGAGGGUCAGGCACUGAAGGAGGAGCGCCUGAGGAAGGAGCAGAGCAGCAUACAAGAGAGUCAUGAGAGGGAGAGGCAGAAUCUGUGUCGAAGAUUAGCUGAGGCUGAAACCACACAGAAAGAAACAGAGGACAAGCUAUUGGAGGCUGAGCAGCAGGUGGAGGCUCUGUUAAGAGGAAGACGGGCCUCAGGAAGUAAAGAAUGCAGAGAGGAAAUGCUGAAGUUGCAAGAGCAGCUGGCCCAAAAGACCGACAUGGUUGAGUCGCUGAGGGAAAGUGUGCGCAGGCUCGAGGAAGAGAAAGGCCACCUCACGUGCCGCUGUCAGGAGCUUCUGAACCAGAUAGCAGAAGCAGACCGGGAGGUGAACAAGCUCCGCAAUCGUCUGGAAACGGAAGAGGCUGAUUACUGCACCCUGGAGCACUCAUAUGAGAGGGCUACUCAGGAGUUCCAGAAAAUGAGCCAGUUCCUUAGAGAAAAAGAGGAAGAGAUCCGGCAGACUAAGGAGAUGUAUGAGAGACUGGUGGAACGUAAGGAAGAAGACCUAAAGGAGGCCCUUGUUAAAAUGACUGCGCUUGGCAACAGCUUAGAGGAAACGGAACAGAAGUUGCAAGCUAAGGAGGACCUUCUUUGUCAAAUGAGUCAAAGCCUCUUAGAUAAGGUUGAGCCCUGUACUGCUGAGAAGGAGCUGCAAGCCAAGCUUGUGGUUGCAGAGGACCGCAUUGCAGAGUUAGAGCAGCACCUCAAUGCCCUGCAGCUGGGCUAUGCUGACCUACGCAUGGAAAGGAAGCAAAUCCCAGAACAGAGCAAGAAGGCCAGGGUUAAAACGUCAUUCUCCAUGUCAUCAAACUUAGAGUCCUCAUUUUCUUUAGACAAUACAGCCAAGACAGAGAACUCCUCAGAUGAUAAGGAGUCUCAAGCUAAAAGACCAAGGAUACGUUUUUCCAAUAUUCAGUGCCAAAAAUACAUCAGUCUCGAGGGCAUGGACUCCAGCCAGAUGAGCAGCAGCUUUGUAGACGCAGGACAGAAAGAUAAGCAAGAUGCAAAUGAAGACAUUCAUCUAGCUGAAGGAAACCCCCCCUCUGAUAUCACAUUCCCACAUGCUAGUGACCCAGAGAAGUUUAUCUCCAUCAUACACGCCCUAGAGACUAAACUGCUAGCUACUGAAGAUAAGCUAAGAAACCUAACACAGAAUCUAGAAGUGCAACGAUCCACGGAGGCAGAGGACUUGUGCAAGAUUGAUCUAAAGCUGACAGAAAAGGUGCCCCGUCCAGAGACAGACAGUAGUGGUGGAAGUGGGAUACAGAGUAGUGCUGCCAUUAAGCAUUAUACCGAGGCCCUUGUAUGUGUGGAAAACAGUCGAGAGAAAGUAAGAACUAUCCUCAGUGGCUCUCAUGAGACCACUGAUUCACAGCUGCACUCAUUGUCAGAGAUAGAGACUGAUUUGUUCAACGCAUCGCUGCACAUUCGGCAAGGGCAAAAGACAUUGGAAGAGCAAUCACCAGCCGUCCAUCAGAGUCAGACCCCAGAGACCAUAGAUAAAGACGCAGCACACCUCUUUGCCAAAACCUUGUCUUUUGAGGCGGUAGUGUUGAACAAGAUGGCUUUGUUGAUACAAUCCUCAAAGUCUGACCUCCUACAAGCUCUUGCAGAGAUAUGGGAAGGCAUAGAGCACAUUAAAAGGAGCGACAAAGACUGCUUGGCUAUAGUUUACGCUGAUGUCUUGACCAGAAAGUUGAUGUUAGAGAGUGCGUUCUGGAAGGAACUGGAGAAAGCUGAGACAGAUGUUGCUAAAUCCAAAGAGGGCAGUGUCGUAGCUGAUGUAGAUGUCGAUGCCACGCUUGUCUUUAACACCUUCCUAAAAGCCGAACUAGUCUACUCGAUUCAAAACCUUAAAGUUUGCUAUGAGGAGAAGUUCAAAAUACUGAAAAGGGAGUUAACUGAAGCCCAUAGUAACCUGCAUCAAAGGGACGUGGCUCUGAAGGCAAUUAUUGAAGCUUCCAAACGGCCUGAUCUGAAAGCAGUAAUUAAAGAAGUGAAAAAUAACUUUGGCUACAGUAAACAAAAGUUGGCCGACAUUCGCCCUCCUGAACUUGCGCCCUACAUGGAGCAGAUCGAAACAGAAGAAGCUAGGAACUUGGCUGAGGAGAUCGUAGACAGACAGUUGGCUGCAGAAAUGCCCUCUUGUGGUGUUGACUCUGUUCAGUCGCUGCAAAAUGCACACGAGAACCUGGCUAAUGAGCUUCAGAGACAAGCAGCAAUCCUCCAUCAGUAUGCCCAAGAGAUAGAAAGCGGCGGUAACCAUCCCGGAUUGUCUAAAAUGAUCCACGCUUUGUUAGGGCACCAAACUUCACAGAACUUCACAAGUACCUCUCUUUGCAUGCGUGAAGCUCUUAUCCAGGCUCAGGUAGCGUAUGUGGCUUGUAGGUUGAGGGCCACGCACGAACAAGAAAUGGGCUGGUGCAAACAGACCAGUCAGAACAUGGAUGCUCUUGUGCAGCAGCACGCCCGCAAUGUCACGGUAAUCCAAGAAAAAUAUGAAGCGUCUUUACAAGAGGAACGCCUGAGCUUCACGCAAACAGUGGCCACCCUCCAAAAGGAGAAUCAAACGCUGAAGAGUGAGAUCAGCAAACGAGUGAACCAGCUCUCCCAGCAGCAGGAGCAGGCGACGCUCCUGGAGCAGCAUUUCCAGAACCAGACCGAAGAUCUGAAGCAGAGGCAUAAAAAAGAGCUGAGCCAAGCGGAGCAAGGUCGCGCCUCGACAGAGCUGGCCCUCAUGGAGACGACGGCGGACAGUCAACGGAAGCUCGAGGUUCUGCUCGGAGACAUGGACACGAUGGAGGAGCGGCACGAGAGUCAUGUGAGGAAGCUGGAGGAGCAGUUUGAACAGAGGAUCUGUGAGCUCCAGCACAUCCACAGAGAGGAGAUCGAAAAGUUGCAUUCCCAGUAUGUAGAAAACGUUCAAUUUUUCAAAGAGCAAAAAGGCUUUAAAGUCUCCAAGUCACCUACUUGUGACGAGGCGGCGACACCGAUGGAGGAGGAGGAGCAGGGGAAGUGGGAGGAAGCACAAAACAUGUCAGAGGUGGACUCCAUGGUGCUUCUGAAAGACCGAAUCCAGGAGCUGGAGACUCAGAUGAAUAGCAUGAAGGACGAACUGGAGAACAAGCACCUUGAAGGAGAUGUGACCAGCCUGAGAGAGAAAUACCAGAGAGACUUUGAGAGUCUUAAGGCCACAUGCGAACGUGGCUUUGCCGCAAUGGAGGAAACACACCAGAAGGUGAUAGAAGACCUCCAGAGGCAGCAUCAGAGGGAGAUUUCCAAACUCAUGGAAGAGCGAGAAAGGCUAUUGGCAGAGGAGACCGCUGCAACAAUUGCUGCUAUUGAAGCUAUGAAGAAUGCGCACAAAGAGGAACUGGAAAAGACCCAACGCUCCCAACUGAGUGGACUGAACUCAGACAUUGAUGAACUCCGCCUACAAUAUGAGGAGGAGCUGCAGUCCAUCCAGAGGGAGCUGGAGGUGCUGUCAGAGCAGUACUCCCAGAAAUGUCUGGAGAACGCUCACCUGGCUCAGGCGCUGGAGGCUGAGAGGCAGGCCCUCAGGCAGUGUCAGAGAGAGAACCAGGAGCUAAACGCUCACAACCAGGAAUUAAAUAACCGACUGACUGCAGAGAUCACUCGCAUGCGCUCCUGUUUCAGCGGUGAAACAGCUCUGUCGCCGCUGACCCAGGGCAAAGACGUGUAUGAACUGGAGGUUUUGUUACGGAUAAAGGAGUCAGAGAUCCAGUAUCUUAAACAGGAAAUCCACUCUUUGAAAGAUGAACUGCAGUCUGCUUUAAGGGACAAGAAAUAUGCCACAGACAAAUAUAAGGACAUCUAUACAGAACUGAGCAUUGUGAAAGCAAAGGCUGACUGCGACAUCAGCAAACUGAAGGAGAAGCUGCUCAUGGCGACAGAAGCUUUAGGUGAGAGGACUGUGGAUGGAACAGUUACAUCUGGUUAUGAUAUUAUGAAAUCAAAAAGUAAUCCAGAUUUCAUGAAAAAAGAAAAAUCAACAGCCUCCAAGCAAUCAAGAGGUGUAAGGUCAAAGAGCCUUAAAGAGGGAUUAACCGUUCAGGAGCGCAUGAAGCUUUUCGAGGCAAAAGAUUCCAGGAAGAUUUAAUUGUUAGAAGUUUCUUUUCUGUUACCCGGCCUUGGUUUUUAUGGUGUGAUUGCCACGGCCGCGCCAGCAUCAGCUUAAGACUGUCUCAUAGGAAAUGGAGAAUAAAUAUCUAUCAAGGUCGGCUCUCGACCUGGACCUACUGCUUCCAUGCCUCUAAGUUGUCAUAUUUUAGUUUGAUUUUCUUUUUUUUUAAUUGAUAAAACUUACAGAAUCAAUCCUGUGUAAGGUUUCUUUUAAAAUAGAUGUAUAAUCAGGCCGAGUUGGAGUUGUGUCAAAUAAACUGUGAGAGGGAUACAUGACAGCGUUUAUAUUGAUCCUCCAAAACAUGCCAAAACAGACAGCAAUACACAGUAUGAAUAAUAUAUAUUUCCCAAUAUGAAUUAAGUAUCUGCUGUAUUUUAUUAUUGUUACAGUGUCUAUAUCUAAUAAUUUUUAAUGUUGCACCAGUUCUGUUGUACAUAACUACUGGAUAUGUGUAGAAUUUGGUUUGCUAUUGAUUGUUGGGGCAUCUGCUGUACUAUAACUAUGGUUUGAUUGAUAGUGGAAAACAAUGUGAUGCUUAACUUGCUUAUGUAUGAGAGUUUUUUUUUUUUAAUGGAGUGUCUGCGUGUGAAGGGGGGGGAAGGGUUGGGGUGAGAUUGCACUUAUCACUUGACUACUUGAGGAAGCUUGUUUUUAUUUGUCUCAAAUUUGGUGUAGUGACUUCAAGUCAAUAAUUGCAGUGCAACCAAACAUCCUGACUCAAUGUCAUAUUUAGUGAACAACUUGUUAGUGAUACUGGAUUUUUAAAGAUUUCUUAAAACCUGACUUUGUGUUUUGUUCAGUUUUGACCUUGGUGUGAGAAUAUCAUCUCAUAAAAAAAACUAUUUCGGAUUUUUUUUGCAUGACUGUACAGUAUGAUUUGAACUGCAGAAUGAUCAUGUUGCCUCAUUUUCCUACUUUAUGCUUUAGUGUGGAACUCCUAACACUAAUAAGCUUUGCUUUGCAAGUCCUACUGUUUAGAUGUUGAGAUUGAAAUGUUUUACUGUAAGCAGCAGUCUUGAAGCACUUGGCCCAGUCCCUGACCUCUCACUGAAAUCUAGUCGUGCCUGAGUGAAGAAUAUAAACAUCCAUGAAACCUGUGCAGCUAUGGAUACACACUGUAUAGUAUUCAAACCACGCCUUGUAUAUAUAUAUGCCACACGGAAGACUUCUGUGUUUUGUUUUAAACUUGUAUCUUGCUCACUAGCUCUAUAUGAAAUAUAUAUGAAUAUUUUUUAUUUUCAUUUGAAUGUAUAACGUCAAAUAAAUGAAGUGUUUGGAAA